AUGGACGGUACAGAAUGGCUGGAGGAGAUCACAGAAGAUACCACUGUUGAGAAGCUAAAGGAGAAAUGCUUGAAACAUUAUGUACAUGGCAGCCUAGAAGAUCCCAAAACUCUUACACAUCAUAAACUGAUACAUGCUGCUACAGAAAGAGUCCUAAUUGACACCAAAACUGUUGCUGACGAAAAUCUUAAAGACAAAGAAGUUCUAUUGCUUAUUAAGAAGAGACCCCCACCAACUGCCCCAAAGAUGGCAGAUGUUAGUGCAGAAGAAAAGAAAAAACAAGAUAAUAAGGCACCUGAUAAAGAUGCAAUCCAGAAGGCUACAGCUAAUCUUUCAACGCAGCACACUGACCGUACAGUCACCCAGCACAAUAUCAGAGAUUUUCAGACAGAGCUUCGAAAAAUCUUGGUUUCUCUCAUUGAAGUAGCUCAAAAACUUCUUGCCCUGAAUCCGGACGCCGUUGAACUCUUUAAAAAAGCCAAUGCCAUGUUGGAUGAAGAUGAAGAAGAUAGAGUUGAUGAAAUGGCUCUUCAGCAGCUAACAGAGAUGGGGUUUGCAGAAAGUAGAGCCAUCAAAGCCCUCAGAUUGAAUCACAUGUCUGUGACCCAAGCCAUGGAGUGGCUUAUUGAGCAUGUAGAUGACCCCACUGUAGACACACCUCUUCCUGGUCAAGAUUCUGCUGCUGCUGGAGCUACCGCUGCUGCCUCCAAUGCUUCUUCAGUGUCCGGCUCCAGCCUUCUGCGAAGUCUCUCCAGCCCGUCGAGCACAGAGGAAGUCACCCGUCAGGACGAGCUCACUGAGAUCUUCAAAAGAAUCAGAAGGAAAAGAGAAUUCCGGCCUGACUCAAGAGCAGUUAUUGCACUGAUGGAGAUGGGUUUUGAUGAGAAGGAGGUUAUAGACGCACUAAGAGUCAAUAACAACCAGCAGGAUGCUGCGAUUUUGAUAAGGAAUCGUGCCACAGAUCUUGAUGCACGUAUGCAUGAUGGAACCACACCCCUCAUAUUAGCUGCUCGACUUGCUGUGGAGGGCAUGGUGGAGGAGCUAAUUAACUGUCACGCUGAUGUCAACGCCAUUGAUGACUUUGGCAAAUCUGCUCUACACUGGGCUGCUGCUGUGAACAAUAUUGAGGCUGCAAUCGUUCUACUUAAAAAUGGGGCCAACAAGGACAUGCAAAACAAUAAGGAAGAAACACCUCUUUUCUUGGCUGCGAGAGAAGGAAGCUAUGAAACAGCAAAAGUAUUACUCGACCACUUUGCCAACAGAGAAAUCACGGACCACAUGGACCGAUUACCCAGAGACAUUGCUCAAGAAAGAAUGCAUCAUGAUAUUGUGCGUCUGAUGGAUGAGUACAAUCUGGUCCGAAGCCCACAGAUGCAUGCAGGGUCAUUAAGUACCACCCUAUCACCGCCAUUGUGCUCCCCAAAUGGAUACUUGGGAAGUAUUAAACAGUCACAGCCCCAAGGCACAUGCCUGGGGAAAAAGUCACGGAAACCCAGCGUUAAAGGCGUUGGAUGCAAAGACGGUAAAGACAUGAAGGUGAAAAAGAAGAAUUCACAAGAUGGAAAGUCAGGCAGCCUCUUGGAUAGCUCUGCUGUUUUGUCUCCUGUUGAUUCACUCGGGUCGCCUCAUGGCUACGUGUCUGAUGUGGCCUCACCACCAAUGAUGACAUCUCCUUUCCAGCAGUCACCCUCUGUGUCCCUCAUGCAGGGCAUGUCUGACCCUCAUCUAGCUGUAAACCACAUGGUCCUGCCCAGCAAACAAGACCUUGCCAGAAUGCAGUUUGACCCUCUUCCUCCUAGGCUCACGCAUUUGGCCGUGUCUGGUUCUUCUGAAGUUCUAUUGCUUAUUAAGAAGAGACCCCCACCAACUGCCCCAAAGAUGGCAGAUGUUAGUGCAGAAGAAAAGAAAAAACAAGAUAAUAAGGCACCUGAUAAAGAUGCAAUCCAGAAGGCUACAGCUAAUCUUUCAACGCAGCACACUGACCGUACAGUCACCCAGCACAAUAUCAGAGAUUUUCAGACAGAGCUUCGAAAAAUCUUGGUUUCUCUCAUUGAAGUAGCUCAAAAACUUCUUGCCCUGAAUCCGGACGCCGUUGAACUCUUUAAAAAAGCCAAUGCCAUGUUGGAUGAAGAUGAAGAAGAUAGAGUUGAUGAAAUGGCUCUUCAGCAGCUAACAGAGAUGGGGUUUGCAGAAAGUAGAGCCAUCAAAGCCCUCAGAUUGAAUCACAUGUCUGUGACCCAAGCCAUGGAGUGGCUUAUUGAGCAUGUAGAUGACCCCACUGUAGACACACCUCUUCCUGGUCAAGAUUCUGCUGCUGCUGGAGCUACCGCUGCUGCCUCCAAUGCUUCUUCAGUGUCCGGCUCCAGCCUUCUGCGAAGUCUCUCCAGCCCGUCGAGCACAGAGGAAGUCACCCGUCAGGACGAGCUCACUGAGAUCUUCAAAAGAAUCAGAAGGAAAAGAGAAUUCCGGCCUGACUCAAGAGCAGUUAUUGCACUGAUGGAGAUGGGUUUUGAUGAGAAGGAGGUUAUAGACGCACUAAGAGUCAAUAACAACCAGCAGGAUGCUGCGUGCGAGUGGUUACUGGGAGACAGAAAACCGUCUCCUGAAGAACUGGACAAAGGCAUUGACACCAACAGCCCAUUGUUUCAAGCCAUUCUAGAGAAUCCAGUUGUCCAACUGGGUCUUACAAAUCCUAAAACAUUGUUAGCAUUUGAGGACAUGUUAGAGAAUCCUCUGAACAGCACUCAGUGGAUGAAUGACCCAGAGACGGGCCCCGUCAUGCUUCAAAUCUCCAGAAUCUUCCAGACGCUGAACCGCACGUAG